AUGCAGACUCGCACCGUCGUGUCGACCACUUUGAUAGCAGUAACAGCAGCAGCAGCAGCAGCCGGUGGGAUCCACGCCAAAGACGGCACAAACGGCACACUGACGUUUGAGUCCCCUGUGCUGACGGCCUAUGUCUCGACCGUAUAUUCGACGCCCACUCGAAAGUCGAGCUUGGAGCUGUGGACGCCCAAAUGGAUCAAACACCACCUCGUGCAGCCCUUCCCCGAGCCCGAGCCAACGUCGGUCUCUGAUUGCGCGAGUGUCAUGUUCAAGCCGCAGCUCCACGUCGUGCGCGGAUGCCACCCGUAUCCUGCAGUCAACGAAGUGGGGGAAACUGGCAGCGGUCUGAAACCAACGGGACGCCCUGAUGGCCAAUGCAAGGGAUCGGGGUACGGGUCUCAAAUCUACGGGCGUUCCGUGCGGUACCGGGGCAAGUGGGCCAUCAUGUACGCGUGGUACUUCCCGAAAGACAAUGCGGACCAUAAACGUCACGACUGGGAGCACGUUAUCGUGUGGAUCGACAAUCCGGCCGCCGGGAACCCAGAGGUGCUGGCUGUCACGCCGUCGUGCGGAAAAUCUGCCUACUUGCGGAAGGUCCCGCCUGGCCCUGAAUACAUGAGUGGAGAAAGUGUCAAACUCAGCUACGGAGCGGAUAUCAAGGACGAUUACCGGCUCAAGUUCACAACGGAGACUGGCGAGCACCAGUCACUGAUCAUGUGGGAGCAGCUGCCGGAAGACGCCCGCCGAGCUUUUAACGGCAUUCUCUGGAGCAACGUCAUGAUGCCUCUAAACGAUGCAUGGUUUAUGUCCGAGUUGAAGCGGGCCUGGCCUUUUGGAAAAUGGAAAAAGGGUCUAGUGAACGCUACGAGUGGCACUGCAUCCUAA